AUGGAGAUCAUAGAGAGUAUCAGGGAAUGCAAGACGUUGGUAGAGGCGAAUGAUUUGCACGAUCGCGUUACUUCGUCUCAGGCACCACUCGAUACGUUUGUUGGUAACAAGCUGAUUGAAAUGCAUGGCAGGGUCGGGAGCUUGAGUCAAGCCCGAGAGAUCUUCGACAGGUUGGGGAGACAAAGAAACUCGUAUUCUUGGGUUAUAAUGAUGAAUGCCUACUCUAGAAACGGCGAACUGGCCCUUGCGAAGCAAACUUUUGACGCUAUGGCUCAGCCCAAUCUGGUCGCAUGGAAUGCUCUUCUUUCAGCAUAUGCCCGUGCAGGGCAUCUUCUAAGCACCCAAACUUUAUUUGAUCAAAUGCCACAGCACGACCUCAUCUCUUUUUCCACAGUGUUUUUCCUAAUAGCUCACAAUAGCUGCGUGGAAAGAAUCCAGAUAUUUUUUGACAAGAUACCCCAAAAGGACAUUGUGUUGUGGACAACUCUUCUUAUAGCAUAUGCCAGGAAAGGGGAUUUGCGGAGCUCAAAGCGUGUGUUUGAUGAAAUGCCACUUCGCGACCUCAUCUCAUGGACUGCCUUGCUGACGGCUUACGUGGAGGCCUGGAAUCUCGUUGACGCUUUUACUGUGUUUGACCAGAUGCCCGAGUGGAAUCUAGUGACGUGGAACUCCUUGUUGACCGCGUAUGCCCAGGCGGGAAACGUUGAAAAGGCCAAGUCCACUUUUGACCAGAUUGACUCUCCCAGCAUCGUGACGUGGAACACCAUGUUGACCGUAUUUGGUCAAUCCGGCAAUUUGGAGGAAUGCAAGAGUUUGUUUUGGCAAAUGCCGGUAAGGGACUUGACAACAUGGAACAUAAUUGUGUCCGCGUAUGCCCAGAGUGGGCAUCAGCGGGAUGCUUGUGGAAUGUUUGACCGGAUGCCACAGAGGAAUGUUGUCUCCUGGAAUUCGUUGCUUUCAAUGUAUGGUCAACGUGGUCAGCUCAACAAAGCAAAGCAAGUGUUUGGCUCUAUGCCCGAGCUGGACAUUGUCUCUUGGAACUCUAUGCUCUCGGCGUACAUCCAAAACGAGUGCUUAACAGAGGCAAGACAAUUGUUUGACAAAGAGAUGCCUUUUCAUAACAUGGUUUCCAUGUCUUUGGUCUUGGCAGCGGUGGCACAGGCAGGAAAUCUGAGCCUUGCGAGAGAUACUUUCAGUAAAAUGCCAAGGCUGAAUACGGCAUCAUGCACCACAAUGCUGCUUCAUGAGAUUCCGGUUGAAGCUGCCACUAUCUUUAAGCAAAUGCCAUUCCACGAUCUACCAGCUCUUAAUGCAAUGCUGGCUGGAUUUUCUCACAAUGGGGAGCUGGAGGAAGCCAAACAAGUGUUCAAUGAAGUGAUGCCACAGCACGACAUGGUUUCCUUUAACACAAUGCUGGCCGCUUUCUCACGGGCAGGGAAUCUAGAAGAUGCCCGGUGCCUGUUCCUCAAGAUGCCGGCACAAGACAUUUAUACUUGGAACUCAAUGCUCGCGGCCUACAUCCAUAUGGGCUACAUCAAAGACGCAAAAUCAUUCUUCUACAGUAUGACCCAAAGGGAUGAAGUAUCUUGGACGUCUCUUCUUUGUGCAUAUGCCCAAGAAGGGCAUUUGCUAAAAGCAAGACAAUUGUUUGAUCGAAUCCCACAUCUCCAAAGCCUUGUAAUCUGGAACAUCAUGCUCCAUGCCUACUUCCAGGUGGGGGAGUUUGUGCUCGUCUGUGAUCUCAACCUCAUGCUCAUGCUCACAAUCGAGAUCCCAGAUGGUUUCUACUUCACCAUGGCCAUGAUCUCUUGCAGCCACCAAGGAAAGCUCGGCAAAGGAAUGCAGUGCUUCACUUCCAUGGCCACAGACUUUAGCAUAGAGCCCUCGAAGCAGCACUACACUUGCAUGGUGGACUUGCUAGCAAGGGCCGGGCAUCUGACAGAUGCCCAGGAGGUGAUCAAUGAGAUGCCGUUUGCGGCUGAUGGUUUGGACUGGAUGUGCCUCCUUGGGGCGUGUAGAAAUCAUGACAGCCUAAAGCACAGCCUCAACACAGCCAAGCUUAUGGUAAAAUCUCAUCCUGGCUAUGGAGGUGCUUACGUUUUGGCUAUGAACUUGAUUCGUCACCCUCUAAAUGCGAAGUUUAUUUCUUUGGUUUAG